AUGGACGAGCUCCCAACUGUGCUUAAGCUUCAUGUGCUACAAUUUCUGGAUCAUAGUGCACUACAUGCAGCUGAGCAAACUUCACACGCUUUACUAAUUCUAUCACGUAAACAUGAAUUGUGGAAACGUCUAGCGGACGCGACUGUGGUCUACAGCGAUCUACUGAGUGAUGCUAAUGUAUGGAAACAACUAGUGUGUUUGGCACAAUGCACUGCUACCGAUAACACGCACUUGAUAGGCGGAGUGAAAGCAUUCUCUUCUGCUGAUCGGCCGAGUGAAUCGCCACUGAACACACUUACGUCUUCACAUUGUUGGAUGGAAUUGUAUGAAUUACAACUACGAAAUUUAGAGGAGGAAACAGAGUUGGCGCGAUUGGGUGAACGUAUUCAGCAUCGUUGUGGUUGUUCAUCAUCCGAAUCGUGCUAUUGGAGCAGUUCAGCUUCAACAAACGAGAAUGCAAUUGAAUAUAUCGACUAUGCUUUAAAUGGACCAUGUGUGAUUAAGGCAGUACAAAUUGUUCCUUAUCGCGUCUUCUGGCACCCGGAUAGUCCUACUUACGCACCUAAACGAGUUCAGUUUGAGUUCUACGAUGUCACUGAGAUACCACAACAAGAAGCAUUGAGGUGGAGAGAUCAUUCGUUAGACAUGUCUGCAUCAGUGAUCAAACCUUUUUACUCAACGCACGAGUAUGAAGUACAAAACGAAAUGACGUUACAAGAAUUUGUACUACCAAGAAACGUAGCAACUAGUCGACACACCGUCAUGCGCGUGACACUUGUUGGACGGCACCAAGCGCAGACAUUUGUACUUGUUAAUGAUGACGAGGACACGCAGCCUAUUUACUACUGUUGUUUAAGUUAUGUGAAUGUACGUGGAGUACCAUGGAAACCCGUCCAAGCAAAUAAAAAAGCAUGUACAGCAAUGACUCACCCAUACUCCAUCAGUCCAAACCUCCAGAUGGUGGCAUUUACUGGGUUAGCAGUUUAUAUGACUGCUUGUUACAAAGGAUGUAUUGGUAGAACGUAA